ACAAAUAUGGCGGACACGUCAUCGAAAUGUUUUGGCUAGGUGUACUUUAAAAAUUUCUUUUGACCAUCAAGUUCUUUUGUUAUUAUGGAUAUAGAUUUGUUCAACUUCUUGAACAUAUCCUUUGUAGUAAUAUUUAUAUGUGUUUACAUUAUUGGUUGGUUUAUUUUCUCUGAUACUGGAAACAUGGGCGCUAUUCACCGGUUUGAUGAAGAAAAAUUUUACUUGGAUGUUUCCACUGAACCAUCUACGAAAUCUCCAUUUCCAUCCAUAGAAGAUGAUCCCUCAGUGACACUUUCGGUUAUAAUACCUGCAUACAAUGAAGAAGAAAGACUUCCUUCUAUGCUAGAUGAAUGUAUGCAAUAUCUGGAAAGCCGGUGCGCUAAAGAACGUGAUUUCACCUACGAAGUCAUCGUUGUAGAUGAUGGCAGCUCGGACAAAACUACUUCAAUUGCAUUAAAUCACGCCAAAAAAUACGGCUCUCUAAAGUUCCGAGUCCUAACAUUAGUCAAAAACCGCGGUAAAGGAGGUGCAGUAAGACUUGGUAUGUUGAGCAGUCGUGGCAAAUAUUUGCUUUUUGCAGAUGCAGAUGGAGCUACAAAGUUUUGCGAUAUUGACAAGCUAGAAAGAGAAAUGAGUUCUUCUGUUGUUGAUAACCCUAAUUCCAUAGUAAUCGGUUCAAGGGCUCAUCUGGAAAAGCAAGCCAUCGCAUCUCGUUCUUUUUUCAGAACAGUACUUAUGUACGGAUUCCAUUUUUUAGUUUGGUUCUUUUGUGUACGUACUGUCAAAGACACCCAGUGCGGGUUUAAGUUGUUCACCCGAGAUGCUGCAAAGUGUAUUUUUUCCAUUCUUCAUGUCGAACGAUGGGCGUUUGAUGUGGAAUUAUUGUACAUAGCAGAGAAAAAGAACAUGGCUAUCAGAGAAGUUGCUGUUAACUGGACGGAAAUUGGGUUCCAAGUUAGUCCCAUUUUGGAGUUGGCUUCAAAUGGGGAUAGAUUUAGUGACAAUAUGGCUGAAGUAUCAAAUUGGCAUUUGGAAUGUCAAAGAUUCUAAGAAAUCUACUUAAAAUGCUUUUAUGUUUAGCUUGGGGUUUUCCCACAAUGUUUUACUACUUUAUUGGACCAAAUUUUUCAGCAUGGAUGUUCAUCUGUUGUAUAAUAAUAAUACAAAACAAAUCUAA